UCUUCAUUUGCUACCCUAAGAAUACUCUUCCGACAAGGGUAUAAAAAAAAGCUACAAUUUCAACGUCAUACAAUUAAUCCAUUGCUACCAUACAACAACAAUGAUUUCGCUUGAAAUUAUCGAGAGAUGAAGUAACAGGAGCUUUAGUACGACAUAAUUUCCCUAGCCUAGCUCAACUUGUCGCACUCGCGAUCUAAUAUUCGCCGUCGACCGCAAUAAUGAGGUUCUUCCUCUUACCUAUCUCGACCCGGCGAACGUUACUUUACUGCCAGAAGAUCCAAGUCUUACCGAAAGACAAGCAAACUAUAGUCGACAAGGCCGCCGUUCGUGCUGCAAAACUCUGGUCUGGUUGGGAGAAGAAGGAAGCUGGCUGGCAAAAGAAAGUUGUCGUCUAUGGAAAUUAUCUACUGAGAAGAAUUCAUUUCGAAGAAUGGGGUCUGAAAUCGGUGCCUCCCUUGUCUACUAAACGAAGGGAAGAAGAAGUACUGGGAAAGGAUAAGAACCUCCUUAUUUACCCCGAGGAUAUCAUCCCUACGAAACAUGCUAUAAAUGUACUACGAGCGUUAGGCACAGACCGAGAGCCUCUGCAUAGAUCCAGAUUAAUAUGGUGUCUUAUUGGAAUGCCUAUCAGUGCGCCGUUCGCCCUUGUCCCGGUAAUACCCAACCUUCCUUUCUUCUACCUCAUGUACAGAGCAUGGUCUCAUUGGCGCGCCCUUGCUGGUGGAAAACACAUUCGAUUCCUCUGCGAUAAUAAUCUCCUGUCUUUGUCACCAUCUCCAGCCCUCAACUCAAUCUAUACACCACUUUUCAACCGCGCUACCACCUCAAAGGAGUCGACGGCAGAUAUAGGAGAAACAAAGCCACUACCUGAUAAUAAAUCGAAGAUUUCCGAUGAGGAGGCUCUACUCCUUUCGCAGGAGAAUGGGCGGCAGCUUGUUAGGGCCCUAGAAAUUCCGGAACUCGAAGUUGAGCUUGAGAGGGCGAUAUGGCAAGUCGAGGAUGCGAUCCAAAAGGAAAGAGAACAAAAGGCCAAACCUCCAGAUACGACCAAGACGAAGUGAUGAAUUGGUAAUAAAAAAACGACCACUCGUAAUGUGUGAUGACAGGACGGUGUUUAACGACGGUGGGGUCAUGAGGAUAUAGAAGGGAUACAUGGACCUGGUAUUGGGGAUAGAUAAACGGACCUGACUCUUCAUUCUGUGGUGAAAUUUACCUGGGGAGGUAAGUAACAGAAAAAAAAGUUAUCCAUUCGCAUAAACAAGAGGUAUGAUUAUCAUGUCCGCCAAGCCUGAAUUCUGCCGAUUGCGACUAUACGCAAUGCCGAUACAGUUCCAACAAUACAUAAAAUCGCCAUGAUUAUUAUUAAACGCUUUGUCGUUGAAGAAUGGAAAGGGUAAUUCCUCUCUGGUGGCCAUUCUUCCCGAUAUCUCCCAUCAGCAAAUGCUUGCUU